CUUCAGAGCACAAGAAACCGCCCGAUAAUAUAUGUAUAUAUAAAUACAUAAGCACUGAAUAAGAGGCACCUAUAUCGGCCUUCUGAGAAUUGCGAUGUCGUUGAAACUCGCGUCUCGUUUGGGUGCUGUGGCCUCCAGGCCGUUCCCUCGAACUGCAUUUGCUUCAGUAGCAUUUGCACGGAGAGCACAGUCCUCGAGGUCCGCAGAAGGCCAGCAGAAACUUCUAACGCUCGACCUCGAACAUGGCGAUCCCCAAGUCUACGAGAUCCUGCAGAAGGAAAAACGUCGCCAGAAGCACUUCAUCAACCUGAUUCCAUCGGAGAACUUCACGUCGCAAGCUGUUCUUGAUGCUCUUGGAAGUGUGAUGCAAAACAAGUACUCGGAGGGAUACCCAGGUGCGAGAUAUUACGGCGGUAACGAGUUCAUCGACCAGGCGGAAGUGCUUUGCCAGAAGAGAGCUCUGGAGACAUUUGGCUUGGACCCCGCUGAAUGGGGCGUCAACGUCCAGCCACUAUCCGGCUCUCCCGCCAACCUCCAUGCCUACUCUGCUGUCCUUGAUGUUCAUGAUCGCUUGAUGGGCCUCGACCUGCCGCACGGUGGACAUUUAUCACAUGGAUACCAAACGCCUACAAAGAAGAUCUCGGCCAUCUCCAAGUACUUUGAGACGCUCCCGUACCGCCUCAAUGAGGAGACUGGAUUGAUCGAUUACGAGAAGCUGGAAGAGCUGGCUAUGCUAUACAGGCCGAAGCUGAUUGUUGCCGGAACAUCGGCUUACUCCAGACUCCUUGAUUACAAGCGUUUCCGCGAGGUCGCCGACAAGGCCGGAGCCUAUCUCUUCAGUGACAUGGCUCACAUCUCCGGACUUGUUGCCGCUGGCGUCAUCCCCUCGCCAUUCCCCUUCUCCGACGUUGUUACCACGACGACACACAAGUCUCUUCGUGGCCCGAGAGGCGCCAUGAUUUUCUACCGCAAGGGAGUCCGCAAGGUUGACCCCAAGACUAAGAAGGAGGUUAUGUACGACCUCGAGGACAAGAUCAACUCCUCCGUCUUCCCAGGUCACCAGGGUGGCCCCCACAACCACACUAUCACGGCCCUUGCCGUUGCAUUGAAGCAGGCCCAAAGCCCAGAGUUCAAGGCAUACCAGGAGAACGUCCUCGUAAACGCACAAGCUUUGGCCAAGCGCCUUGGAGACUCCAAGGACAAGGGCGGUCUCGGUUACACCAUCGUUUCUGGCGGUACUGACAACCAUCUUGUCCUUAUCGACCUGAAGCCACAGGGUGUUGAUGGUGCCCGUGUUGAGCGCAUCCUUGAGCUCGUCGGCGUUGCCUCGAACAAGAACACCGUGCCAGGUGACAAGUCCGCCCUCAAGCCCGGUGGACUCCGCAUGGGUACGCCAGCAAUGACGACCCGUGGCUUCACACCCGAGGACUUCUCUCGCGUGGCAGACAUUGUCAACCGCGCCGUUACCAUUACCCAGAGGCUCGACAAGGAGGCUCUUGAGGCCCAAACUGAGAAGGGAAGGAAGAACCCUGGCAGCGUCAAGGCUUUCUUGGAGUUCGUCGGCGAGGGAGAUGGACAGACGGAGAUUGUACAGCUACGCAGCGAGGUUGAGGAAUGGGUUGGUACGUUUGCUCUGCCAUGGGACUCCACUGCUUAGUGGCCCGGCAGAUAAAAUGGGCGGUUUUGGCGUCAAGUGGUUGUAGAAUACCUACUUCGUUGCACAUAGGAAUCUAGUCUUUACGUUGUAUGUGGAUCAUGGGAUACAGUUAGCUUCCUAGGUUAUUAGUUGCAAGUGUGCUUAUGGAACACGAAUAUGAAUUUCACGCGGUUUAACAAU